AUGGCGCGAACACGUCGCCAUAAUCACUCGGCGCCAGCUGCUGCUGCCUCAUCACUCUUCGGCGUCGCAAAUACCGCCACUGUCAGCGAGACGCAGCGAGCGGGGAAUCUCGAACGUGGGGGGCUUGGUGGGCGGAGUCGACGUCUCGAAUCGGGCUGCCUCCAUCGCCCGUCGACGUCGUUGUCGUCGCCGAAGACGAUGAGCACAUCGCCUCAUUGUUUCGCUUAUAAUAGCUACUUCAAAACCAACGAGGGAGAGCAGCGCGUGGUGACUGAUUAUUGUUCCGAUCGUCUUCACGAUUACUUCGUCGAUCGGAAACAUCAGGCGACAGCACCACACGAAUCGGGCUCGAGCGCUUCCGGACACACACCGAUCGGCGCGACACCCAAUUCGACGGUAUCGAAUACACCGGCGGCUGGUUGUCGACCACCAUCGACGUCAUCAUCGGCGAUUGGUGCAGCAGCAGGAGGAGGAGGAGGAGCAGGAGCAAUUCAACCGCCUCCACCAUUUCCGGCGAUUGCUGACGACGAGCCGUCGUUGAUAUUGGCGCCGCCUCCCGAACCGCCCAACGAUAUGCCGGCGUUCAACACAAUGAGAAAUUACAACAAAUCGCCGUCACGCUCAUCGCGACGUGAUCGUUCGACGUCGCGCGAUCGCGAUCAUUCGAGAACACGCGAUCGCGAGCGAGCUUAUGAGCGAAGCUAUGAGCGCAGCUAUGAUCGCGAACGUCCGCGACAUUAUGCGACGUCGAACUCGUCGAGGAGUCGGCGUGAUCGGCAUGACAAACGGCACAAGAAGCGUAGCAGAUCGUCGGAUAGCUCAUCGGAAUCGGAAAGCACAUCGUCGUCGUCGGACGAUUCGCGAACGAGAAGGAAGUCGUCAAGUCGAUCGCCGUCGCGUCGGAAGCAUCGACGAUCGAAAAGUCGGCGGAGGAGGCGAUCAAGCUCUUCACGAUCAUCGUCAAGCUCGGGACAUUCUCGUCAUCGUGAUCGAAGAGAUUCCGGAUCGAUGCACUCAACACCGAACAACGAUCUACCGGCAGCCUAUGCCAGAUGCUCGCCGCGCGCUUCAACGAGUCGACACACGUCAGAACCAGUUCGAGAAUCUUUUCAUAAAAAUGCCAAAUUACCAGCACCACCGGUUCCACCGCCUAUAGUUUCGGUGGCGACACCAAAACACGCCGAUCAGAAUGAGUUGAUGUCGCCGCAAAUUCGUGCUCCACUCCAACCGCAAAUGCAGCCGCAAGUUCAACAACCGCAUCGUGUGCCGGCGCCGGUACUGCAUGGAACCAAACACGCCAUUGACGACGCCGUACCAUCGUCAUCGUCAGUUGUGGCGGCGACGGAACGACAUCAUAACGGUGAUCAUCGUUCGCAAGACGGCCACCAUCGGAGUGCGACACGGGCGCCGAGUGAACGCCGACUGCCGCCCGCUGAAAAUCUAUCGGAGCCCGAAGAUCCGCGACUUUUACGCAAAACCUACCCGUUCAUUGAUCUACCAAAAUAUUUGCCCGUCUAUCCGAUUGCGCCGUCGUUCUUCAACGAGACGGUGAUGCGGCAGCGGUUCGAAGAAGAGCAGCGCGCGCGAUUGAGCGCCAACAUUCGCGAUUCGAGGGAACAGCGCCAUCGCGAGCUGUCGAGAACCGCCUCGACGGCGUCAUCGUCAAGCCAUCCGCCGAAUGAUACGAGCGUUGGUGACAUUGCUUCGUCGUUUACGCAGUCGACGACGCGACCUAUCGAUCACCAUCGCCAUCGUUCCGGCGAUGGUGUUCCGGAAAAUAUCAGCGAGACGCGAAGGCUAUCGUCGAAAAGUGGCGAACACGCGCCACACGAUUCGAGACUGCCGUCGAAGGCGAACAACGGGAUGUCUAGGAAUAGCGAUGAUUCGGGCGAUGAUCAUGUGCAAUAUUCGUCACCGCCGCCGACGGCGUUGGAUGCGGUGCUGAAUUCGCAAAGGAAUGGAAGCAUCGAUCGUUCUCAAGUUCGACAGAGAAUCGACUCCCUUGGUCAGAAGCUGGCGCAGAUAUCGGCGCGUCGGCCGACGAAACCAUCAACGGAUGGGAGUCGCGAUGAGACGACACCGCGCGACAUGCCGUCGACGUCUGCGAUUCAGUCGCCGUUGACGCAAUUGCCUCCGAAGAGGAUUGAUCAUGACAGAAUUCGACCAUCGACAUCAAUGCAAUCGCAUUCGCAGCAAUCAGCCGCUUCAACGUCGUCAUCGACGACGCUGGACUUGGAAUCGAGACUGAAGACGUUGGAAUCGCAGCGGAAUGCUAACGAGUUUGCCGAUUUUACCGGGUCGCAUCACAAGGAUGAUAUGCGAAGCAGGACAUCGAUGGACUCGCAUCCAUCGCAUUAUGAUUAUUUUGUGAAGGCGUCAACGUCAUCGGCUCAUCAGCAGCCUUCAACACCGCAUUCUCAUCAUCCAUCAUAUUCGUCGCAACACGGCCACCCGCAACAUCAUUCGGCGCAUCAUCAGCACUCGAUGCAUCAUCAUCAGCAGCAGCAACAGCCGCCGCCGCCUCCGCAGCAGCAGCAGCAACCACAGCAUGGAUUAUCGAUAUCGAUACCGCCGGGAAGCUCGACGCCGCAGACGCCGGCGCAGUACACGCCGAAAAACUUCAAUUUGUCGCAACCGUCGCCGAUCACGUCGUCGCGUCAUAGCUCGGUGUCAUCGGCGACGCGACCGGCCGCAUUGGCGGGAUUGUCGAGACAUUCGACGAGCGGCGUCGUGUUUCCGCCGAAUUUGUCGGUUCCGCCGCCGGCUCUGCCGCCGAAUAUCAUUGCCGGUGUGCCGCCGCCGUCGUCGUCAUCGCAUAUGGAUCAAAUGGCGUCGCCGUUGUUGUCGGCGCCACCGCAGCCGCCGAAUUUGAAGAACCACACGCCCAACUAUCGACGGGAUUCGUCGAGUGGUCCGAACAUGAACGCGACAUCGUUGCGAAGUCCGCCGGUUCCGGCAUUCAACAACAAAAUACCACCGCCGGGAAUGCCGUCGUCGACGACGGCGACAACGAACGGAAUGCCGAACGCUUCGCAGACGCCGCGCUCGUCGAUUCCGAAUGACGGAACGCCGAAAUCGCAUAUGCCGAUGAAGACGCCAUUACGACCGCCGGAGAAGAUUGUUGCGAGGCAUGACUCGAUCUCGAAGCCGCCACCGUCGGCUGCGGCUAGUGCGCUGCAGAAUCGAUCGGUGUCGAUGUCGGAAGUGAAGAAGCCCGUGAUUCAGAAGGAUACCGCCAAUGAUGUGUUCAAUCAUAUUGUGCACAACACACCAUCGACGAUGGACAUCAAGAAGUUGCCAAGGAUUGAGAAGAAAUCGUCUUCGAUUACGACACCAGCUGCUCCAGCUCCAACUCCGAGUUCGAGUUCGAGUGUUCCCGUCGUCGAAAAAGAAAAGGAAAAGGAGAAAAAGAAGAAGGACAAGGAUAAGGAGAAAGAGAAGGAGUCGAAGAAGGAGCACAAGCGAAAGGUCAAGGAAGACGGAACGCUUGAAACAAAGGAGGAGCGUAUGAAGCGCAAGGAGCUUGAGAAGGCGCGCAAGGAGAAGGAGGAGCGCAAGCAGCAGAAGCUUCUUCUCAAGGAAAAGGAGAAGGAAAAGGAGAAGGAGGAGUUGCGCAAGAAGAAAGAGAAGAAGAAGGCGAUGAAAGAGCAACUUCUGCUUCAGCAGCAACAACAGCAACAGCUUCUCAUUCAGCAACAGCAGCAAAUUCAACAGCAGCAACUUCAGCAGCAGAAGCGGAAGAGGAGCAAACGCGAAUCGUCGAGCGAGGAAGAUAGCGGUGAUAGCGAGGAAGAGGAGGAGCCGAAGAAGCCGCAAACGCAGGAAGAAAAGGAUCGUGAGCUUGCAUUGAUACUCGCCGGCGGCGGAAUUUACGACAAUGUGAAAUCGAGGCGUGCGAGAGUUGAGCAUUCGAAGAAUGAAUCGCUUGAAAAAAUUCGGCAGAAGAACCAAAAUAAUGAUAAUAGGAGACGCAUUCUAAUUGAGUCUUCCGAUUCCGGCAAGGAUGACGAUUCGGAGCCGAACGGCGAGCCGAAGCAUAAGAAGAAGGCGUCGAAAACGCAUGAAUCGUCAUCGGAUGAUGAGGGUGAGGAGAAGGUGAAGAAGAAGAAAAAGAAAAAGAAGAACUCGCAACAACUCGACAUGGAUGAUGUGUUCGGCGCCGGAUCGGACAGCGGCGACGACGAGAAAGCGACGACGUCGAAGAAGAAGGCGAAAGAGAAGAAAGUCAAAGAGAAGAAGCGAAAACGGCUGGAGUCGGUUGAUGACGGUGCGCAACCGUCGACAUCAUCGGCGACACCGUCGUUGGCGUCACCGCCGCCGGCGGCAGCACCACCGGCGCAAGUUGUUGCUCCGAAUCCGACUUCGACUCCGUCCACAUCGAAGGCUCAGAAUGGAAAACCGAAAGCGAAGCGGCAACGCAAUGAAGAUGAGGAGGAUCCUGAGAUCACUGCGGAAGUUUCGCGAAUUAUGGCCAAGUAUCACGAGAAGAAGAAGAUGUUUGAGGAGCCCGCCGCUCAGAAGGAGAAGAAGAAGCGUAGGAAGAGGCAGCGAGAAGAUGAUUCGACUGAUGAUGGAAGACCGAAUAAGAAGGAGGCUCGAAUCGAACCGGAAGAUGCUUCGGAUGCCACGAUUGAUGAGCCGACGACAUCGCGUCGAAAGAAGACGUCGUCGAAGGAAUCGUCUGUGGCGUCGUCAGCAACACUGGAUGAGACGAAAAAGGAACACGAAGAGGAGGAGCACAAUGAUCUCAUACCGAUGGACAUGAAGCGUUCGCCGCCGCGAGCGCUUCCCGAUGGCGUCGAGAAAGAGGAGAUUGUGGUUGAUGAAUCGACGAAACCGCCGGCGUUGCCAUCGCCAUCGGCGGAGAAGCGCGCAUCGUCGCCGAAACUCGACACGGAGCCGGCGGUUGCUGAGCGCGAGAAUCGACGUCCGCCGCCGGUGCUCACGAAAGCGGCUCUCAAAACCUAUGAAGCGGUGAGAAUGCGCACGCCGAGUCCAGAGCCGACGCCUGUCUCGUUGUUCUAUAAUGCGCUGACCGGCAGAAAUCGCGUCGAAUCGAUUGUGGCCGAGGAGGCGAGCGCGUCAAAUUCGAAAGAAUCGGCCGAUGACAAUGGCGUCGAAGAGGAGACGAUUGUUGAGCGCGACAUGGCCGCGAAACGCGAUUCGAUGAGCUCUCAAGAAUCGGCGAGCGAGUCGGUCAAAGAUGAUGCGCAUGAAGUGUCGAGUCGUCAAGUCGAGAAUGAAUCACAAUGUGAGCAUGAGCACCCACCGGAGCCGGAGACGGAAUCGCAGUCCGAACCGCUGAAGGCGCACGUGGACAUGCCGAAUGAUGUGGUGGUCGAGAAGCCGUCAGCGUCCGAGUGCCCAGCCGGCGCGCCAGCGCAAUUCGAGACGAGUUUUGAGGAUUCGUUGCCGAAGAAUCCGAUAAGCUUGAUCACCGAACAGGAAACCGCCGAUGCAGUUCAAUCGAUAUUCGACGAGGAGGACAUGCUUGAGCCGCAGUAUCCGUCGCACGAUUUCAUUGCGGAGACGCCGAAAUCGAGAAAAUCGUCGGUGUCAUCGAAAGACGGCAAAGAUGUUGACGGAAAAUCGCCGAGCAAGUCGAGCGAACAACAACAGAAGAAGUCGAUGAUGUCGCCGAACUCGGUUCGCAAGGUGAUCAACAAGGAUGGAAGUGUUGCGUUGUUCUCGAUCGCCACUGGCAAGCAGAUUCUAGAUGAUAUCACUGACGAUCAACUUAUGGAAGAAAUUUAUUGUGAAGAGCCGGUUGUCGAAGAAGAAGAGAAGCAGCAACAGCAGAAGGGAAGUCAGGCGUCGGCCAACAACACGCCGCUCACCUCGCCGAGACUGUCGACGUCAUCGAAGAAAGCGACGCCGGAAGUGUCGGAGAUUCUAGAGCGGCCCGCAUCAGUUGUCAUGGCGCCGCGACCGCCGUCGAAUCCGAUGAUCGCGUUCGUUCAAGCGCAACAGGAGAUGGAAGCGCAAAAGAAGUUGUCGCCGAUUCCCGUCGAUGUGGUUGAGGCGGCUGAGAAGGCGACGCCGAAUGUCGACGAAGUGCCACCGAGUCGGCCAUCGACGACAGCGACGCCGGCGUCGGCCACUGCGCCGUCAGAUGUUCCGUCGGCGGCGCCAUCGCCGAAAAUCGUGGUGACCGAGGCGCCGAGCGCGUCGACGCCUUUGCCACUCGUUUCGCCGAAAAUCGUCGUCACUCCGCAACCGCAGCCUGUCAUUCAUCAACCGACGCCGAUUCAGAUACCACAACCCUUCAAUCUGCAACAGCACUUUUCGCCAUCGUUGAUUGCGGCGAGUCGCGCCGCGUUGACUCCACAAAUGCAUUCGCCGUUCGCGCAACAACUAGCGCAAAUGAGUAUGGGCGCGUGUCCGACGACGUCGUCGUUCUUAAUUGACAUAAUGACGAAAGCGGCACAGGAGAAAUUUUUGGCCGACGCGCAAUUGAAGCGCGAGAAGGAUGAUCGCGAGCGAAAGGAGCGCGAGAAGCGCGAGAAGGCCGCUCAAAAGCAGCGUGAACUCGAAAAGCAGCGGGAGCAACGCGAGAAGCAGCGGGAGCUCGAGAAGCAGCGCGAGUUGGAAUUGCAGCGGGAAGCCGAAAAAAUGAAGGAGUUUGAUAUUAGCCAACACUAUGCGCGUAAUUUUAUGCCAAGCGAUUUGUCCGGCAAUCCGAUAAUGUUCUACGCCGCCGCCAUGGGCCUACCGACGACGAUCGCGUUGAUGCCGACGAGACGGCCCGAAUCGACGCCGCCGAUUCAGCCGACGCCAUCGUCGCAACCAUCGACGGCGGCAGCGGUGUCGGCGACGACUGUGCCGCAACAACGAAGUGUGCCGACGCGAAUGCCGCUGACGAAUGGCAACGCGAUUGUUGAAGAGCCGCGCGCUGUAAAUGGGCUAUCGACAGCGCCAACGCAACACCACAUGGCGCCAGCGGCGUCUGGACAAGAGAAUGGUCAGCCGACGACGAAUCACGUUGGAAUGAGAAUUCAAUCGAUGGCCGACGAAGCAACACCGAAGCCGAUGGCGCUAAACGCCAGCGAUAUUGCCCAAUUGUUGCAACAAAUUCAAACGACGCAAUUGGCGCCACCACCACCACCGCCACCAACCACAGUCGCCACGCCGAGCAUUGAGACGCUGCUCGGAAUGCAGGCGCAGAUGACUCCGUUCGCCUCAAACGCGGCCGCACUCAAUCCGCUAUCGCUUUUGGCAUUGAGCCAAUCGAUUCAGAAUCCGCUCAAUUUGUCGCGAAUGCUUCUCACAAUGAACAUGUUGUCGCAACAAUUGAACGCCGGCGAUGUGUUGGGCUCGACGAUUGCGCCGAAUCAGCCGGAUCUUCUCUCGAUGCUGAUUCGAAGCGCCCAACAACAACAGCAACAUCAGCAGCAGCAUUCUGCUGUCACUACGGCGCCGACGUUUGCGGUUCCACAAAAUAUGCCGCAUCACAUGUCGCUAAAGAGAACGAUUCCGAUGGCGCAGCCGGAUCGGAAGAGAAGCUGCCCGGCGCCGACGUCGUCAAAUCCGAUGGCAGUGGUGACGACUGCGGCGAAAACGCCGCCGAGAGAGCCGACACCGCCGUACAAGGUGAUGUUCCAGAAUUUGACGAAUGAGCAGAAGGCUCAAAACGAGUAUUUCCGGAAGGAGGUCAUGCGUCGAUUGGAUAUCAUUUUGCUUGAAGAGUUUGGCGAUAAGGAGAACGAGGAGGAAAAACUCGUCGUUGAUGAGAAAAUGGAUGAUGCCGAUUGCGAUGAUGAGAAGAUGGGUGCCGCCGGUUCGGCGUUUCGUCGGAUUCCGUCGAAAGCGACGGUGACGAACUCGUCGGGAUCGACAUCGCCGUCAACGGGAAGCCUUUCGUCGGGUCCGACGUCGCCGGACGUCGACGCGUCGACGACAUUGCCCGCCGAAUUUCUGCAAAAGAUUGGCGAUCUUGGCAAAUCGCAUCGCAACGAGGCGAUCGUCGCCGAAUCGAUCAACGAUGAGAACUUUGACAAGAUCUACCCGAAAUCAUGGAGCGGAACGUUGAGUAUGAAAUCGGCGGAGACGAGCAUCAGUCUGCACGUUGUGUCGGGAAACCAUACGCUUCUCAACUCGGUCCUCGGCAAUUAUGUUGGCGAUGUGCCGCCGAUUCGGCAGACGGUGAAAAUCAAUCAGCGAUUCCGAAUGGAAGGUGGAGCGUUAUGCGUCAACGACAUAUUCCGAUUGUUGAACGGCGAAUUCACGUGUUGCGUCGGACUCGCGGCCGGCUAUGAUCGCGACACGAUCGACUUCAACGAGCAGAAGAUUCAGAUGCAGUUUAUCAAUUAUUUGACGAGCAAAAAUAUUGUUGGAAUCGCAAAUUUGCCGGAAGAAGGAGAUGGGAAGCUGCACGCGGCUCGAGUUCAUGUGUUCGCGCCGUCGGAAUCGGUGGACGCCUACUUGUCGAAUUUGAGUCCCCAUCUUCUGGCGCAUCUCAACGCCAAGCAGAUUCGCUACCUUCUUGUGAUCCUUAGCAAUGCCGACGACAAGGAGACGACGACGACGAGCCAACAUUGA